AUGGCCACCCGAAAGCGUCUUUCGCUCCUCUUACUUCAACUCCUUCUUGUUCUAGCCCUGCACCUCGCACAUGCGCACCGCCUGAAACUUCGAUUCUACAAGAACACCUGCCCUAACGCCGAGGCUAUCGUUCGUAAUACCACUUAUAAAUUCAUUUCCAAGGCCCCAACUCUUGCAGCUGCCCUCCUAAGGAUGCAUUUUCAUGACUGCUUCGUUCGAGGAUGUGAUGGGUCUGUUCUUUUAACUUCUUCAAAAGAGAAUGCGGAGAGAGAUGCCAGUCCAAACCGCAGCUUAAGAGGGUUUCAAGUUAUUGAUGCUGUAAAAUCUGCACUAGAAGAGGCCUGUCCUUGCACGGUUUCUUGCGCUGAUAUUAUUGCUUUAGUUGCCAGAGACGCAGUUUCUCUGAUUGGUGGACCAUUUUGGGACCUUCCAACCGGCAGAAGAGAUGGAAGAGUAUCACUUAAAUCAGAGGUGAGACCCAACGUGCCGUCUCCCUCUUCUAACGUAACAGUGCUCAAACAAAUGUUCAGCGUCAAGGGUCUGAGCGUCAAAGACCUGGUCGUCUUGUCCGGAAGCCACACCAUCGGAAUCUCUCACUGCAGAAGCUUCGGCAACCGUCUCUACAACUUCACCGGAAAAGGCGAGGCCGACCCAUCUAUGGAUCCAAACUACGUCGUUUGGUUGAAGAAGAAGUGCAAACCAGGGGACCGUACUACCCUUGUGGAGAUGGACCCUGGUAGCUUCAGAACCUUCGACGUCAACUACUACAAAGUCGUGACUCAGAGGCGAGGAUUGUUUCAGUCUGAUGCAGCACUUCUAAACGAUGUUCAGACCCAAGCCUAUGUUAAGCUCCAGGCGGAGAAUGAUGGAGUCAGCUUUGCGGGAGACUUUGCAAUAUCAAUGGUGAAGAUGGGGAAAAUUGGAGUGUUGACUGGUAAAGCUAGUGAAAUCAGGAAGAAGUGCGCUUUCGUGAAUUGA